UUGCGUUUUCAGGGCUAUGAACAAUAGAUGUUUUUUUUAUUAUAGGGCAAAUAGCACUUUUCCACUUGACUUCAUUAUAACAGUUAGCAGCAAAAAGGAGGUACUCCUUUUUCAUAAGCUCACGCAACAAACUCUCUCACAGCUCUCAGGGGGCCGAGCAGCAGAGGAGCAUCUCGGGGUGAUGUGAGCGGGUUGAACUGAAGCACUGAGGUGCCUGAUUUCAGCCGCCUGCCCCAGCUGUGCUCCUCAGCUCCCACGCUGAGUUCACCCCGAUUCCCUGCGUGGUGAAAGGAGAAGUCAAAGGAAAAGAUGUGCAGAGAUCCCACAGUGGGAUUAUUCCCAGAGGCAAUCCUGUGUGAAGGUUCUAUUGCCUGGCUGUAUUAUAUUCAAAUGUUUUAAUUGCCUAUUGAUUAACUCGGUGUCUUCCUUUGGAGUCUUAGUUUUUGUAGUUCCCCAGAUUCAGGCCAGGUACUGCAGCAGGUGUUUGGUUAUGCUUACUUAAUGUUUUACCACAAAUGCCAGUCCUAUCUUCUAGAGUUUCCUUUAAAGGUAAGGUUUGUCUUAGAAUCUCGUAUAAGCGCUUAGCAGCGUAGUAUGUGUUUUUCCCAAGGAGAUCAAAUAAAUCCUACAUUAGAUAAUAGUUGUUAAGAGAGAAAAAAAAAAAAAAAAAACAACUAAUUUGCAGAUUAAGCCAACCAAAAAGAAUUCAGUAAAAACAGUGCCACAAAGCAGUGUCACCAACAAAGAAAUACAUGCUUUUCACAUAUAGUCCUUCAAAGAAGUGAGAGACUUUCAUGGCAUGGGGGGAUCUGGGAAAAAGCUGCCACUUGUACAGGAAAGAUCGGGCCAUUUGCAGAGCAUCCAGUGUGUUACAAUACCUCUACCCCGGAGCCCUUUCCACAAGGUAGAAAGCUCAGAACGGAUGAUUCCCUGAACUAGGGAAAACCUUGGACUUUCAAGUUUAACUUGAUUUAAAAGCUUGAAUCAGAGCUGUUAGUCAUUAAUUAUGUACUAAAGCAAAAGUUUGCUCUUUUCCAACGUUGUCAAAUCACAGGGAAAACCUUUAGCACUGUCAGUGCUUAUCUGUCAGCUGUACAGAUGCACCUGCAGACGGGCUUUGUACUCACUCCACGCUGCUUUGGGAAGCACCACUGAGACACACCACGUCAGAGCAGAAACCAGAACCCCUUUUCCUUGUUGGAAGCAUUGAAAAGACUGUGACUGUUUUCUUUCCCUCACCUUGCUGCAUCUUUUGAGAGCCUCCAGCCCCAAGCUAGCACGUAGUUAAUUGGAAAAUAAUUUAUCAACAAGCUGCGAAACCCUUUGAGUAAAGCAGGAGGCGAUUUUGCAGCUCAGCUUGGUAUAGCUGUAAGAAAUGAAUCAGUUGAACAAGACCAAGCACAUUCAGGCGCUGGAAUUUGUGCCCUUGAGACUGCUGUUCCCAGCUCCAGCACAGAACACACCUCAGAGAAACAUCCUUCCAGCAGCUCGCUGCUCGCCUCACCCUCGCACCGUCAGCUCUCCGCCAGCUCUUACAUAAAGUCUCUUGCUACAUCACUGCCACGGGCUGUUGUAAACCAUUUUUCUCCCCUUUAAUUCAAGUUCCUAGACAAGCAAAAAUGUAGAUUAUUGCCAGUAGUCUGGGGAACGGGGAUUUCUGUUAUGGUUGAUUAAUGAAACAUUAUUGUUUUGCACUUAGGGGGAAAUCAUAGUUUCAUGCCAGUAAGGUCAGGGCCUUAAUAUGCUAUGUGCUCUGCAAAGGUGUACGGAAUGAUAGAUCACUUUCUGUAAUGACUUAGUCAAAGCCUCACCGGGAUAGGAGGCAACAUGGCAGAUACAGAAGCAUGGUGGUGAAAGCCAAAGCAAACUUCUUGUUUUGUUGCUAGUUGCAAUUCUGGUGUAUCUAAAUCCACAUCUCUAUCCGCUCCAAGACAGGGGCCCCAAAACUGAGAUGCUGGAACACUGGCUCUAGAUACUUCCCCACUAAUCCUCCUAUCAUCCACUCUGUCCCAAACUGCUCCUGGGUUAAUACUAUUUCUACUGUGCUGUGUUGAGAAGAUUGAAGCUGCAGACCCAGGACAAAAAGAGCCUUUGCACAAAGUGAAGCGUUGGAAUUCUUCAGUCCUGUUUUGAAAAUAAAUUUGGCAUAACCUGGACUCCUCAGCACUAACUUCCCAGGUCAAGCUGCCUGGUCUUGUUGGCAAAAGCAUCAGGCCCAAAAGAUCAUGCUUCUGGCUGUGGACACAAGGGCUCUGACUGCAGGUAUUUUUAUAGGUGUGCAUAUUGUAAAGCACAUCACCAGCACCAAAUCCCAGAGCAUCCUGUAUUGUCUGUGACAGUGUGAGGCUCCUGAAGGAGCGAUAUCUGUUUGAGAGCAGUGCUUUUAAAAGGAACAAUGUUCCUGAGCACAGUUGGUUGCUAAAAGAGAUAAAGUGUGGGAGACAGUGUCACCUUGGGCUGUACACAGAGACAGUACGCAUCACAUACAAUUUAUCACAAUCCUUCAAUCUUUGGAAAUUUGCAGUAAAAUGAUUUUUUAAAGUAUUUUUUUUCAGGGUUCUUCCUGCCCAAAGUAGAUGUGUAACAGACUGAUUUGACAGGCAAAUGAAAAGAAAUCCAGAACAAGUUAGCUGUACCAAAAUGCCCAUAGCAAACACCGAUCAGUAUCCUGUAGUGAUCCGACAGAAAUACUGUUUUGCAGGAUGGGGAGAAGCAGGUGGAAUCCAAUAAAGCACUGCAAUAAUUGUUGAAAAAAAAAAGGAAGGAGGUCAAAGUCUGAGGCUUUUGAUUUCUUUUUUGCGCUGGCAUUUGUCAAGGUGAGCAAAAUCCCUUGGCAAGGAGCUACCUGAGUUUUAACACAUCUGAGUCUAUAAAAACGUUAAUGUUUAAAAGGGUUUAUAUGUCCCUGAUAACAAUGCAUGGCUGAUAGGCAUCUCUUGUGGUUGUAAAUGUGUUGCAGAGACUUGCAAGGCAUACAAGCCCUUGGUGUUCACUCUUGUGGUUUAUUAUGUUAUCAGAACUCAUUGACUGAGUUAUGGCUUUAUAAUAGCUCUUUCUCUGCAUUAUCCAACUGUUACCGUAGCAUUAUUACCCCAUGUCCCAUUAGAAGAUUGUAUCCAGAUUGAUUCCAGAUGAAUGCACAGAAGUUAGAUGUGUGUGGCUGUCUAAUGUACAGGGUCCUUUCCUAGGAGGAACCAAUUAUUUCCCUGAGCUAUGCCCACAAAUCCUGCUUACAUGAAGAUGGUAUUGGUUCUGGCUUGCGCUGGUAGAAAGACAAAGCCACUUGUGGGCAGAGAACAGGAUUAACUCCCCAGCCCUGUAAGCCAACAAAUUGGUUGGCAGUGCUUAGGAUUGCAUAGUGGAAGCCAAGGUUUGUGAGGAAGAGAUGGAAGUGAGGAAACAGCAUUAGCAGUAUUUUAAAAUUGCUGUGAUCAUCUCCCAUGGAGAGCUCACUCGUUUCUGUGCAUGGCUCCAGGAGGCUGCAAGCCCAUGGGCUCGCUGCUUCAGAAAAGAUUUCAUGCUCUCUUAUCACCAGGUACAACUUGUGCUUGAAGUAAUCUGAAAGCCCCUGAGAAGGUUCUCCUUUCUAUAGCAGUAGCCACCACUGCUCCAGCAGAAGAGGGCAUGGACUGAGAUCUUCUCAUGGUGCAGCGGAUCCUGAGGACACAACCAUCUGCUGUCCUCCCACCUUCCCUCGCGCUGCCAAGGCCUCUCCUGCAGGGUAAAUCCCCUUGUGGAAAAGCUCCCCUCCAUCCCAAUAACCAGCUGUGGAGAGCAGGCAGACAUGCAGGCACCUUUUUUCACGUCAAUCUAAUUAGAGUUUAUUGAUUCCUCUUGCCUUCAGCUAAUGUACUUUUAUUAUUAUUAAUAAAUAAUCAUCAUUUUUCCAUCAGUGGAGCCUGCGCCCAGGAGCCUUGGAGGAUUCUAGAAAAAAGUAUUAUUAAAACUAAAGAUUUCUAAAGGGUUGAACAGCAGCACGGCCCGGUAAUCAGAUAGAAUAUGCAACUGGGGAGUAAAAUAUCCCCACCUGAGAAUACGUGAUGGAGCAUCUCAUUGGCUUCUUCCCCUCAGGCUACCAAUUACAGCUGUGGCCUCGCAUUCAUGAUCCUUUCUGCUUUGCUGACAUCCCCUAAGGACACAAAGGGCACGGGUGGCUCUUGGUGAGCUGUCACCCCCGCUAGGCACGCUGGCUCUUGCAGGACCCUGUCCUGGCAUGGUGGAUGACUCAGUGCUCAGGGCUUUGUGCUCCUCCUGGCUGGUACCCGCUCUGCAGCAGCUCCAGGCAGCCUCUCUCCUCUGCCCAGCCUGCUGCCCAGCCCUGCUCUGCUCGGCCUACAGUCAUGCAGGGUCUCUUUCCCACCCUAGGCAGAAGCCUGGAGGGGAUGGUCUCUCCUAGAGGAUUGCACAUACCUGCUCUUGAAAAGGCAGGAACCAUCACCAAACUACACAAAGCACACUGCCUUUGAGCAGUAGGCUGCAGAAAAGUGACUGAAGUGAUUUCAGGGGCCUGCUGGGAUGGUCAGCAGAGGACUUGUAGGACAGUAACAAUGUCUGCCAUGAAAACACUGGGUUGCCCAAGGAAGUGAUUUUGCUGGUGUGCCAGAGAAGCAGAGAGAAGCAGAGCUUUACCUGUGUGGGGACCAACACCUUUCUGCAAGCCUGAAGUCAGCACAUCAUCUCAGCUCCAUCCCAUCUCCUUGGUUGGCUUUGUAUUCUCCAGGGACUUCCUUGCCAGCUGCACCCUAGCCAUUACUGAGGGCUUUCCCUCCCACGUUCUGCUUCUCCCAUUGGCUGUCCAGUGCUCCAGCCAAGUCCUGGCACCACGACAGCCAUGGGAGAACCCGGCACAACCCUUCCUUCUGCCCCAGAAAUCACAUGGACCACAACAUGCACAUAACACUGGAGAACAAACAUCCUGCUCUGUUCUUGGAGAUGAAAUAGGAGCUCCAGAUUAAGUUAAUCCAAUUUUCUGAAUAAAAUGGGUUGCUUUUUUGGCAGGUAGAAAUGUACAUGUGGUCUAAAUGGAAGUAAAAAAGACCUGAGAGCCCUUUUCUCAGUGCAAAGCCACUUCCCCACAAGGUGUGCUCAGGUGAUGACAGAAGGACUAUAAAGGAAGCCCCAGGAUGCUCGUGCCCACAUUCUGAUCCAGCCAUGGCCAUAACAAGCUUGCUGCAGUGUGUGGCCGCUAGCUCGCUGCUCUAUCUGGCAGCAGGGCUGGCCGUUCUCCUUUACUUCACCACCAGCUGGAAGAAGAGGGUCUGCAAUUUGCCUCCUGGGCCGCAGCCUCUUCCUCUGAUCGGAAACUUGAACGUGGUGGACCUGAAAAAGCCAUUCCAGUCACUGACAGAGGUAGGCUGGGAGCGAGCAGGCAGGGGGAAAGCGUGCAAUUCCCAAAGCAAGGAAUGCAGCUGGGGAAAUGGAGAGGCAAUUGUGUGCUGACUGGGCGCUACAAUGGGGAGACCCAGCCCUGGUGAGUGCCCCUGGGCUGCCACAGCAGAGGGCCUUGCAGACACUCCAAUUCUGCAGUGGUGGAAGAGGGACUUCCUGGGCAGCAAAAUGCAGAUUUCCUACAGCACUCACACAGUGUCCAUCAGCCUUGAUUUAUGCUUCCACAAGGCUUGUGCAGAGCAGUUUCCAUGGCCAUACCAUAGGUCAUAAGUCACCUAUUUCUGGCAGUCCUGGGGUGCCCUCACGAUACAGAUGUCUCUUGAAGGCACCGGAUUCACUUCCCCUAAGCUGCCAACCAUCUUUAGGCUUUCAGGCAUGCUGCAUCCAAUCCUUGUGUUGCUGAGAACAACAGGGCUGACGCCAAGAAGGCCUAAUGCAAAGAAAUGACAAAGGGAGGCUGGGAGGUGGCUGUGAUGCCCUGCCCCAGACCUGCUGUGUGCCUGUACGCUGCCAGGGAGGCACAAACCAGCACUCACGUUAUCUCCCAAGCUGUCAAAUGGUCAUUUGAUGAAAACAAAUUUAAUUUGUCUGGCGUAAUAACAGGAGCUGCUUCUAAUCUGAAAUUCAAUUUUCGGUAUGCAUCUAAUGCAUAGCAAAUGGUAACUCAGGCACAUCGGAAACAAGGAGGCAUUUGGAGCGGAUGGCUCGCAGUGUUUAAACUAAAGCUAAAAUACCGAGUGAGUGAUUAGAUUGUCAAAGCCACUCUUCUGUGUGACAGAUGAUUCAUAUUUAAUUUCCUACAAAAGCCCAGUGCUCCUGUGACAUUAUCUACAAGAGAACGCUUCCUGGUUAGACCGAAGUUUCUGGUGGCCAGCAAAUAAUUUUGCUAUGACUGCAACACUACCCACCUUGCAAUAAUUAGGGACAAGUGCUGUCCUGAAAAAAAGUUAUUGUCUAGCUUUGUUUUUGUAGUGUUUGUGGCUUCAGCCCCGAAGUGGUGCGCACACCCGUUUGCCUCAGGUCAGUGGUAUUAAAAUAAACAGCCUGCCUGCUACGGCAUUUGUUAACAGCCUCCUAACAGUAGUAUCGCUAUGCUGGCCUGUUCCUGCAGAACACCACAGGAAUGCAGUGCCUUUUUAUUGACUACUCAUCUGAUAGGAGCAGCGAUAGCAGACACCUUGUUGUGCAAACAGGGUGCAAGCAGAGAUGCUGGCAGUGAUAGCCGUUGCUCAGCAGUUGCAGUUCAGCAGCACCUGGAGACCUGGGGCAGGGCUGGGAGGGUUGCUGAGGGCUGGAAGCUAGCUAGGGAAGCAGCGUUUGGGUCCAGCUCUGGUUUAGAAUGAAUGUUUUUAUUUACUGUGACAGCUCUCCAAGCUAUAUGGCAAUGUCUUCACCGUGCAUUUCGGACCCAGGAAAGCUGUGGUUCUGGCUGGAUACGAAACCAUCAAGGAUGCCCUCUUAAAUCAUGCUGAAGAAUUCGGAGAGAGAGCAGAAAUACCCAUAUUUAGGAAAAUGACACAAGGAAACGGCAUAGCAUUCAGCCACGGAGAGCUAUGGAAAACUAUGAGAAGAUUCACCUUGUCCACGCUGCGAGAUUUUGGAAUGGGAAGGAGAACGAUUGAGGUCCGAAUCCUUGAGGAACUAAAUUCUCUAAUUAAAUAUUUUGAAUCUUACCAAGGGAAACCAUUUGACACAAAGAUGAUACUCAACAAUGCUGUAUCCAACGUCAUCUGCUCUAUACUGUUUGGAGAGAGGUUUGAAUACGAUGAUCCCGCAUUUCUCACUUUGCUGAAGCUGUUAAAUGAGAAUACCAAGCUGCUGGGCUCUCCGAUGGUGCUGUUAUAUAAUUUCUACCCAUCCCUUGGAUUUCUCUUUGGAGCUUCCAAGACCGUGCUACAAAAUAUCAGAGAGCUGAGUGCUUUCCUCCAGAAACUCUUCAAGGAGCACAAAGAAGAAUUUAAUGAGAAUAACCUAACAGGCUUCGUUGAUGCCUUCAUGAUGAAGCAACAACAGGAGUCAAAGAAACCCCACACUAUGUUCCACAAUGAAAGCCUGCUGUUCUCAACCCUGGAUCUCUUUGCUGCUGGGACUGAGACUACUUCGACCACCAUGCGCUGGGGUCUUCUUCUGAUGAUGAAAUACCCAGAAAUUCAGAGAAAAAUUCAGGAAGAAAUGAACAGGGUCAUUGAACCAGGGGAGAUGCCUAAGCUGGAGGACCGGAAAAAGAUGCCUUACACAGACGCUGUGAUACACGAAAUACAAAGAUUUGCCAAUAUUGUCCCAAUGGGAGUGUCACGAUCAACACCUACUGAUGUGAAUUUCCAAGGUUAUGUGAUUCCUAAGGGUACAGAGAUUAUACCGCUGCUGACCUCUGCUCUGAAUGACAAGCUGCACUGGAAAACCCCGCAUCAGUUCAACCCUUCCCACUUCCUGGAUGCUGAUGGGAACUUUGUUAGAAGAGAGGCGUUUAUUCCAUUCUCCAUAGGACGCAGGGCUUGUGUUGGAGAAGGCCUGGCCAAAAUGGAGCUGUUCCUCUUCUUUGCAGGCUUGCUCCGCAAAUUUGUUUUCCAGCCCCCUCCAGGGGUGAACAAAGCGGAGCUAGAUCUCACUGCUGACGUCGGCUUCACCCUGAAUCCCAUGCCUCACCUGGUCUGCGCUGUGCCCUGCAAAUGAUCAGACAACAUGGAGGCGGUGUAGUGGGCACUUCAAGCUUGAAUGCAAGUCUAGCUACAGGGGGAAAAGCUGUCUGCCUGAGCUUUAGGGAGAGGGCACUGGGCUCUGCUGUUUGUCUCUCAUUCAUAUGAUACUUUCCAAGAGCUCUUGUACCCUCUGUACAAUGCAAACCAUUCAGACACCUCUGAGCACCGCUCCCAGAAUCAGCACGACCCACUCCUGGAACAUCAGAGAUGCAGUUUUCAGGGCUGUUUCAAAGAAUGACAUCGUUUUGAGCCUCCUCUAUGGACACAACCCACCAGAGGCUCUCCACUGGGUGCCUCCAUGGGGAAUUUCUCAGCCCGGAUCUCAGCUGUAGAGCAGAGCUGGUUAUCGAUGGCCCAGCCGCAGACAACAGACCCUUAGCGGGUCUGGAAGUCUCCCCUAGAUGGCUGUUGAGUUGAGCCUUGGACUGAGCUUCCAUUGUGCAGCGCAGCCUUAUCUUUAUCACAGCGUCGCAGACACUCGGGUGUGACACGGGCUGAUGCCAAGAGCCAGGCAUGGGCCAGUUAUCAGGAAACAUCGAAGUGGUUUGGAAAGUGGGCUUGUUCCACAUCGCACUGGAUGCUUUGUACUGAAGAGCCUAUAUAUGGGGGGGCCGGUCUAGCAGCUUUCCCGCUAAGGAAGGCAUUUCUCCCACUCCCUCACCUCUCCUGGCUCUGACACACGUCCAGCCGCUCUCUGGGUCAGCUCUGACCCUACACUGGCAGAAAUUAAGCAGCCACAGAAAGUGAGUGGUUUCUGAACCAGCAGACGUGACGCCGCACACAAGCCCAAGGCAGUGCUGCAUUCACCUGCAUGGGAACCAGUGUUACAAAUCCAGAGCUGAAAGUGCUCACGCCACCAGCAGAGACCCUGCAGUGCUGACAGAGUUCAUAGGAUUUUGCCCGUAGCCACUAAAAACUGUAAAACUGGAAGGAAAGGUGGGUUAGAAAUUACUACCCAGCCUGUCACUGUGCCCUGAGCUUGGAGCAUGGGGUCUCUGCAGAGAGCUGGUGUCUGCCCAGAGAGAAGCCUUCCUAGAGCUGCUGUUUGAUUAGAACAGUUAAUGAUUAGAACAGUUAAUGAUUAUCUUCUGGAGCAGCCAUUAUGCGUAGGAACAAGGAGCUGUGCUGCAGAGAGGGAAGGUUUGAAACCUGAAUGAUGGUGCAGGUAAGAGAGGAGGCUUCAUCUGUUAGCGCAGGCAGGAAAACAGAUGUGGGUUAGAGAGCAGUGAGUCACCGAAGAUGCUUUGUGUUGCUUUGGAAGCAAGAAAGGCAGGUCAGGAUGGAAAGAAAAAAGGGAGAAACUGACAGUUACAGAGACUGAGGGGGUGGCUGGGGCAAGUCUAGCACAAGAUGUUACUGCCAUCUAAACCUGAUCUGUGCUGCAAGUGGAAGGAAAGAAAGGAGGAAGAGAAUAUGAAGGGAUGACAAAGUAGGCACUCUUUGUUCAGCCAAGGCUCUGACUCAUCACACCAGCUUCAGUUCACAGCGGAGGGCAGCACUCUGAUAGCUGCUCUGUGCUUUGUCCCAGUAUUGCACUCGUACGUGCCCUGUGCUUGUGCUGGUGCUGCACUUUCACUCGUGCUGUGCCUUGGGGCCAGCUCCAGCUUCCGAUCCGUCUCAAGGAAUCUGCUGAACAAGCUCUGUAACAAGAACGCCUUCGCUUCUACGCUUGCUUACAUUCAUUUUCCUGCCACUUUAUUUGCAGUCUAACUACUGCAAGCUUGACCUUAGCUCCUACUUAACAAAUAAAUAUUUUGCUCUCUUGCUGUUGA